AUGCAGGGCUGCCCCGGCGCCUCGGCCAAGGCAGCCCGCAACGUGGCCCCUCGCGCGUCUCCGCCCCGCCCGGCAGCCGUUGGCCCGCGGCGGCGCCAGCGCGCCCUUCUCCCGGGCCCCGCCUUCGAGUUCCUCGGCGCCCGUUACUGGUCGCCGGCGGCUGCGGGUCGAGCGAGGGGCGCCAUGGCGCUGCUUGGCCUGCUGCUGGCGCUGCUCAGCGUGUGCCUGGUUUCUGCGCUGGGGUCUCAGCGAACAUUCCUCCAAGUGACUGUACCUCAGAGGAUCCCAUCUUACGUCACUGGAAAUACGGAAAGGAUGACCUUUGAUAUUGAUAUAAAUGGAAAGCCAUAUAUCAUUCAUCUGAAGCAACAAUCCUUUUUAACCAACGAUUUCAGAGUUUAUACGUAUAGCCAUGGAGGGUCAGCAGUGUCUUUUGUUCCUCCCAUUCAGCGCAAUUGCUACUAUCAAGGCUACAUUGAAGGCUAUACUGAUUCCAUUGUGAUGCUCAGCACCUGCCUUGGGCUUAGUGGGCUGUUGCAGUUUGAGAACAGCAGCUACGGAAUUGAGCCAGUUGAAUCUGCUUCUGGAUUUCAGCAUCUUGUUUAUCAGAUUGAAUAUGAAGAUGCAGAGCGUCCACUUUCUGAACAGAAUUAUUCCAUUAGAUGGAGUUCAGGAAUAACGCCAAGGGUAGAAUCAGGAAUACCAGUUAACUUCAGCACCACGAGAUAUGUGGAAAUGCACAUAGUUGUGGCCAAGGGAUUGGUAGGUUUAUUUGAAGGACUCCCUGUUGCCCCCCCCCCACUACGUUACAUCACUUCAAGCUUUCAUUACAAGGUUUUCAGAAGUAUGUUCUUUCUUCAUAUACAAACAUAAGAAGAGAAGACUCAUUGGGUCCAGCAUCCCGUUCCCAUGGUGGCCAACAAGAUGCCCAUGGGAAGCUUUCAAGCAGGAUUUUAGUGUGACAAAACAUGGGCAAUUCCCAGACUCCUAUGUCUGGCAGUGGAGGGGAAACAUCUUGAGUUCUAGGAUAAUGAGAGUAGGAGGAAAAGCUCUCUGCCCACUUUUUCCACACAACAACAACAACAACAACAAUAAUAAU